AUGAACGCGGUUCUUCCAAAUCUUGAGGAAGCUGCGAAUGUAGCGUCAGAAUUCAUCUACAGCAUUGAUAAUCUUCCGAAUGAAGUGUCGCAUAUUCUGCAAGAAAUCAAGCAUAGGGAUAAUAGGACACAGGAGCUACAACAGGAAAUCGACAAAGAUGCAGCGAAGUACAUUCGCUAUGCCCGUCGCGCCUCCUCAUCACCUAUGCCAUUGACGACUAUGAAUGUACGAGGAACCACACCGUCCACGUCCACGCCGUCCGCCGAGUCACCGUCUUCGCGCGCUGGGUCCCCUAAAGCGGCGGGUGCGCAAAUAGCCAUCCCCGACAAGAUCACUGCGUCGUAUGCCGAGAUUCAGGAGCUAGCAGCAGAGAAAUGUGCUCUGGCAGAACGGCUCAUUGAAAUUAUUGCCCGGACGCGCGAGAAACUCGACGUUGACAUCGCGAAAGUCAGACUCUUGCAAGGAGAAUCUCCAGAAGUCAUCGCAGCGUCCUCAGUGGCCUCCAGCUUAGCCCAAAAACCUCUCGUGAUGAUAGGUGCUAGCUCUGUAGGCUCACAUGCUUCUCUAGGUGGCUUGGGGGUACCCGGAAGUAACCCGGCUCUCGCCAUAAGCGAGAGUUUGCGGAAUGCUUUGGGAAUGACACCAGCUGUAGAAGUCAGUGGCAGGGGCGCAGUGGCAAGUGGUGUUUCGUCUGCUCCCUCACCCACACCUUCAACGGGAUAUUCAAACAAGAGACGUCGCACUGCAACCGCAACUUCCAUCAAGAUAUCCCCUGCCCCAUCUCCAUCGAGGCGUCGUUCAUCAUCUCCAGCCGCGGUGGCUGCGCCAACACACACGCAGCAGAGGUCGCGUCUUUCUCGGCAGAUCCACCCUCCACCAGACGACAUGGAUAUGGAUGCAGAUGCGGACGGCGACGACGACGACGCUGACAUGGAAGAGGAGGUCGAAGACGAAAGGUUGUACUGUUUCUGUCAGAAACAGAGUUAUGGCGAUAUGAUUGCAUGCGACAACGAAGGAGGUUGUCCGUACGAAUGGUUCCAUCUCUCCUGCGUGGGCCUCAAGCAGCCCCCAGCGGAGAAAUGGUUUUGCUCCGUCUGUAUCAAGGAUCAUGGUCUUCCACCGGCCACACCAACUCCAGCACCAAUGCCGGCGACAACGACAACACGGAAAGGCCGAAAGAAGUAG